AUGUCUCAGAAAUCCGCUAUCGUCUCCGUCUACGACAAAACGGGACUGCUCGACUUGGCCAAAGGCCUGGUCAAGCAAAAUGUCCGUCUUCUUGCCUCCGGCGGUACUGCCAAGAUGAUCCGUGAGGCUGGCUUCCCUGUCGAGGAUGUUUCCGCCAUCACUCAUGCCCCCGAGAUGCUGGGCGGCCGUGUCAAGACCCUCCACCCAGCUGUCCACGGUGGUAUCCUUGCCCGUGACAUCGAAUCCGACGAGCAGGACCUCGCUGAGCAGAAGAUUGCCAAGGUCGACUACGUUGUGUGCAACCUGUACCCCUUCAAGGAGACUGUUGCCAAGGUCAACGUGACUAUCGAUGAGGCUGUGGAGGAGAUCGAUAUCGGCGGUGUGACUCUGCUCCGUGCUGCGGCCAAGAACCACAAGCGUGUGACCAUUCUGUCGGACCCCUCUGACUAUCCCGAGUUCCUCAAGGAGCUCGAGGCAGGCGAGAUCACCGAGGCCAGCCGCAAGCAGUAUGCCCUCAAGGCUUUUGAACAGACUGCUGACUACGACUCCGCUAUCUCGGGCUUCUUCCGCAAGGAGUACGCUGGCAAUGGACUGCAGCAGCUCUCUCUGCGGUACGGUACUAACCCGCAUCAGAAGCCUGCUUCCGCUUUCAUGGUGCAGGGCAAGCUUCCCUUCAAGGUCCUGAACGGCUCGCCUGGCUAUGUCAACCUCCUUGAUGCCCUUAAUGCCUGGCCCCUGGUCAAGGAGCUUAAGCAGGCUCUUGGUUUUCCCGCCGCUGCCAGCUUCAAGCACGUUUCUCCUGCCGGUGCUGCCAUCGGUGUCCCUCUGAACGAGAAGGAGCGCAAGGUUUACAUGGUUGAUGACAUCAAGGGCAUCGAGUCUUCCGGCCUGGCCCAGGCCUAUGCUCGCGCUCGUGGUGCUGACCGUAUGUCCAGCUUUGGAGACAUCCUUGCCCUUAGCGACAUCGUCGACACCCCUACCGCGAAGAUCAUCUCGCGCGAGGUGUCCGACGGUGUUAUCGCCGCUGGCUAUGAGCCUGAGGCUCUGGAGAUUCUCUCCAAGAAGAAGGGUGGCAAGUACCUUGUCCUCCAGAUGGACGAGAACUAUACCCCCUCUCCCGAGGAGACCCGCACUCUGUACGGUGUGCAGCUCACCCAGCACCGCAACGACGUCGUCAUCUCCCCCAGCAAGACCUUCAACAAUGUCAUCACCCCUAAGAACGCCCCGGCUCUGCCCGAGGCUGCCCUGCGCGAUCUGACUGUCGCCACCAUCGCUCUCAAGUACACCCAGUCCAACUCUGUCUGCUAUGCCCUGAACGGCCAGGUCAUCGGUCUCGGCGCUGGCCAGCAGAGCCGUAUCCACUGCACUCGUCUGGCCGGUGACAAGGCCGACAACUGGUGGAUGCGUUUCCACGACCGUGUCAUCGGCAUCAAGUGGAAGCAAGGCACCAAGCGCGCUGACAAGAGCAACGCCAUCGAUCUACUGUGCUCUGGCCAGACCCCCCGUAACGACGCUGAGAAGGUCGAGUAUGAGCGUGUCUUCGAGGAGGUCCCCGCUCCCUUCACUCAGGAGGAACGUGAUGCUUGGCUCCAGAAGAUGGGCGAGGUCGCAAUCUCUUCUGAUGCCUUCUUCCCCUUCAUCGACAAUGUCUUCCGCGCUGCCCGCUCCGGUGUCAAGUACAUUGCCGCCCCUACUGGCAGCCAGAAUGACACUCCCGUCUUCGAGACCGCCGAGAAGCUGGGCAUCACCUUCGUUGAGCAAGGUAUCCGUCUGUUCCACCACUAA